AUGCCAGCACACGGGAAACGAAAAUCAUCCCUGGAUCGAAAGAGCCCCGCUGCCAAACGAUCACAAACAACUCGAAAUACAUCAGAAAAUGCAAGUCGUCGUACACUGGAACCAGCCCCAACAUCUGCUCCACCAGCAUAUUCGUACAAUGAGGACAGCUUCGUUCAUUCCACAGUUAUAGGUCCCAUGAACAUUCAGUGCAGACAUUGCAAAGCCGUAAAAUUCAAAGGAGAGACACCAGGAUUCUGUUGCAAUAAUGGCAAGCUAAAAUUGCCUGAACAUCCAACUCCUCCCCCAUACUUGAACUCGCUCAUAUCCAAUGCAAAUGCAGAUUCAACGCAUUUCCUACAAAACAUCCGUUCAUACAACUCUGCCUUUCAAAUGACGUCCUUCGGAUGCAACCGAUUUCUCCUUCCAGGUUGGAAUCCAACCUAUACUAUCCAAGGUCAAGUAUGCCAUCGCAUCGGUGAUUUGUACCCAGAUGCCACUGCACAGCCACAGUUCCUCCAAAUAUACUUCGUCCAAAACCUAUCACACGAACUCAAACACCGUCAGAGCAUUACUGGCAAUGGAAACUUAAGAACUCACCUCAUCAAUGGGCUCAAUUCACUCCUACAUGCACAGAAUAAAUACAUCCGACAGUUGAAAAGUGCAGUUGAAUACCUCUCUCUCCAGGAGUCACAAGACCUACGAGUUGUAAUUCAUGAAGACAAAACACCUCAGAAGGAACAUCCACGUCGAUACAAUGCACCAUCCGGGGACGAUGUCGGUAUCCUAAUGCCUAAUGAACCUACAGCCACAAGAGACAUCAUACUGCACCAACGUUCAGGACAUUUGCAGCAUAUCUCAGAACUACACAGAGCGUAUGAUGCGCUACAAUACCCAAUUCUAUUCCCUUACGGCACAGACGGCUACAGCAUCUAUUUAAAAUCUGAAACAAACAAGAAAGUGACUCAAAUGCAAUACUAUGCAUACCAUCUCCAGUGCCGGCCAAAUAACUACAUCAUUCAUUGUAGACACCUCUUCCAACAAUUCCUGGUAGAUGUGUAUUGCAAAAUUGAAACUGAACGCUUACUAUACCUCCGCCGAGAACAACGAUCACUUCGAGCUGAUUCCUAUCACAAUCUACGUGACUCCAUCUUGAGCAAUGAUGCUGAUCCACGCAACGUUGGUCAGCGUUUCAUACUACCAUCCUCAUAUACAGCUGGUCCACGUUACAUGCACGAGAGACAACAGGAUGCGAUCAGUUACGUCCGCCUUUUCGGCCGACCAAGCUUAUUCAUCACCACAACAACCAAUCCAAAAUGGCCUGAAAUAUUGAGCAACCUCUUCCCUCAUGAAGCCGCAACAGACCGACCAGAUGUCGUCGUCAGAGUCUUCAACCAGAAGUUGAAGGUGCUGAUGAAGUUGUUGAAACAAGGUGCCUUUGGAGAUGUACAAGCAUGGCUGUAUUCUGUAGAAUUUCAGAAACGCGGGCUGCCUCACGCACAUCUCCUUAUCUGGCUAACCCCUGCCAGUAAAAUCACGCCUGACGUCAUUGAUUCUGUCAUAUCUGCUGAAAUUCCUGAUUCCAUUCAAGACAAACAGCUGCACGAAAUUGUCAAAGCCAACAUGGUGCAUGGCCCGUGUGGGCCGUUGAACCCAAAAAGCCCAUGCAUAAAGGAAGGCAAAUGUACAAAAGACUUCCCAAAGAGCUUCAGGCAAGCAACAGAACAGGGUAAAGAUGGCUACCCAAAAUAUCGUCGACGAAUGCCUGAAGAUGGUGGCAACACUCUGACAAUUCGACGACAGCAACAAAGUCAAGCGUACGAAAUCGAAAUUGACAAUCGCUGGAUUGUACCAUUCAACCCCUGGCUGCUGAGGCAAAUGAACUGCCACACCAAUGUAGAAAUUUGCUCCUCUAUCAAGAGCAUCAAGUAUGUUCUGAAGUAUGUGAAUAAGGGCUCAGACCAGGCCAUUUUUAGUAUACAGAACAACGACAGGGAUGAAAUAAAAAAGUACCAAGAUGCCAGAUAUGUCAGCAGUAUGGAGGCAGCCCACCGCAUCUUAGGCUACCCAAUGCAUGAACACUUCCCGCCAGUCAUGCAACUCGCCAUACACCUCGAAAAUGGACAACGUGUGUACUUCGACGCCAACAAUGCCUUACAACAUGCACUAAGUGCACCACCCAAAACCACACUAACUGAGUUCUUCGUCCUUUGCAAAACUGAUCCGUUUGCAGCUACACUUCUUUAUGUUGAGACUCCACAAUACUACACUUGGAACAGCCAAAUGAAGCAGUGGAACCGCCGUAAGCGAGGUGCAGUGCAUCCACAAUACCCAGGGCAGCAAUUCCGCGACCAACUAGCUGAAGACUUCAUCCAUAAAACUGGGGACCAAGAAGACAGCCACAAUCAGUGCCUUCAGGAGAUAGAGAAACAACUACUCUCAAUGCCAGGCAGCACAACCCUGGACAAGUAUGGAUUACCCAUCCCAAGCGUCCAACACAAUGACCACACUGUUGAAUACAGACGCUACACAAAUUACCCCGUAGAAGACCAAAACCAAUAUGUGGCGCUCCAUCAACCCACAUUGACAGACGAACAACAGAACAUCUACAACAGAUUAGUCAACAAAGUAGACACUGCUGAACCAGGACUCAUCUUCCUCGAUGCGCCAGGAGGCACAGGCAAAACGUAUCUUCUGAAACUAUUGCUAGCCAAAGUACGGUCUUCUGGUCAAGUCGCAAUUGCAACAGCAUCAAGUGGCAUUGCAGCCACCCUACUUCCAGGAGGGAGGACUCUUCAUGCCAUGUUCAAAGUGCCUCUGGAUGUCCAAAACCGAGACAUGCCCACAUGGCGCAUAGAACUGUUUAUGAAGCUAUCGACCGAACGAUCAAAGACAUUACUGGGAACCGGGAACCAUUUGGAGGUAUCCCCACUAUCUUAUGUGGAGACUUCCGCCAAAUACUCCCUGUAG